AUAGGACUGUUAUUCUUAGAUAUUCGCCAAAAUGUAAUUAAAAAAAAAAAUGAACUAUAUCUGAUCUAAAGAUCGGAUGGCCAAAAACUACCUAACCGCACGACGUCACCGACUUAUGACUGCAAUGAAUAAACAACCGCUUUGCGAAAAUGUUUUUUAAGGUUUCCAUUUUUAUGUAGACAGUUCCAUUUCCAAUUUCCGAAUCAAGAAACUAAAAAAGAAGAAGCUAACAAAAUCCGCACACAACAGAUUCAACCAAGGUUUUUGCAUCAUCACUGUCCAGUGAUAAUCUAGACAUGGAAGACACAUCAAAAAUAUCUCUGAAGAUCAAGACUGAGGAUGAAAAAGAAGGCGAUGUGAAGGAAGAUAAGUCUGAGCUAGAAGUAGAACUGAAGGUUAAGAACAAAUCAGUAGAGAAAAAGAAAAAGCAUAAGGAUGAGAGGAAAGCAGAUGAUUCCAAAGAUAUCGGCGAGAAUGGUAGUGAGAAGAAACACGACGAUAAGGAUGAAAAGGACAAGAAGAAAAAGGAAAAGAAAGAAAAAGAUGACAAAAGUGACACAAAGAAAAACAAAGAGAAAACUGCUAAGGACAACGAGGAUAAUUCGGAAAAGAAAGAAAAGAUGAAGAGUAAGGAAAAGAAAGACAAGGGUGAAGUAGUUGUUGAGGAUAAAAAGGGAAAAGACAAUGAAGAUGAUGAUGGUAAGAAAGAGAAAAAAAAGGAUGAGAAGAAGAAAAAGGACAAGGAUGAAGAAAUUAAAACAAAGAAGGACAAGGGGAAAGAAGAUGAAGGAGUGGAUAGUGAAGAGAAGAAGGAAAAAAGCAAAAAAAAAGAUGAGAAGAAAAAACACAAGGAUGAAGAUGUCGAGAAAUUGAAGGGAAAGGGAGACAAGGAUGACGGCGAAGAGAAUAAGAAGGAGAAGAAGGGUAAGAAAGAAAAAGAUAAUGACAGUGAAAAAAAUGAUGAAGGAGAAGAGAAGAAGGAUGUGAAGAAAAAAGAAAAGAAAGACAAGGGAAAUGGAGAUGAGGAUGACGGCAGUGAGAAUAAGAAGAAGAAAAAGGAUAAGAAAGAAAAAGAGAAAGACAAGGAUGAGAAAAUCAAUCCUGAGAAGGACAGUGAAAAAACUGAUGAAAAAGAGAAGAAGGAUAAGAAGAAAAAAGAAAAGAAAGACAAGGGUGGGGAAGACGGGGACGAGAAAGAUGGGAAAAAAGUAAUAAAAAAGAAAGAGAAGAAAGAUGAUAAGGAUGAAGUUAUUUCGAGGGAGUUAGGUGAACAAAAGGUUGAAGAGAAAGAGGAAGAAGUUGAUGAGAAGGAAGUGAAAGAGAAGAAGAAAACAGAAGACAAGGACAAAGGUGGGAAGAAGAGAAAGUUAACUGGAAAGGACAAGACCAAAGAUCUUAGCAAGCUGAAGCAAAAGCUUGAAAAAAUUAAUGGGAAAGUAGCAGCACUUCUUGAAGAAAAGGCAGACAUAGAAAAACAAAUAAGAGAAGAAGAAGAUGAAGGUUACGUGGUCGUGGAGAAGGCAAACGAUGUAGUUGAGUAGCUGUUCACUCGGCGCUUCAAAUUUAAGGUGUGUAUGGUGUUCAAUACAUGUUAUGUGCUGUGUUUGGUGUUUGUGUCUUUGUGAAUGCUUCAUACAUGAUACAGUUUAUAUAUUAGCUUGAAUACAUUGUAUAAUAAUAAGUAUGAACUAGUUGAAUGGUUUUAUGUGAAUAAACUUGUCCUUUGAUUAGGUAAUAAAUGUUACAUUUGUGGUCAA